CGGGCAGGUUGUUCUUGGUGCUGAGCUGCGUGGGCUUGCUGACGCUCGCGCACCCGGGGAGGCUCCGGCACAGCCUCCUGGUGCUGCUCUUCGCCGGCUGCGUCUGGUGGGUCUCCUUCUCCAGCCUCGGCGCGCUGCCUCCGGCCCUCAGGCCGCUGCUCUCCUGCCUGGCGGGGGGCGCCGGGUGCCUGCUGGCCCUGGGCUUGGAUCACUUCUUUCAAAUCAGGGAAGCGCCCCACCAUCCUCGGCUGUCCGGUGCCGCCGAAGACAAAGUGCCUGUGAUCAGACCCCGGAGGCGGUCCAGCUGCGUGUCGCUGGGGGAGACCGCAGCCAGUUCCCAUGGCAGUGGCAAAAUGUUCAGGAGACCUUCGUUGCCUUGCAUUUCGAGAGAACAGAUGAUUCUUUGGGAUUGGGACUUAAAGCAUUGGUAUAAACCUCAUUAUCAGAAUUCUGGAGGUGGAAAUGGAGUUGAUCUUUCAGUGCUAAAUGAGGCUCGCAAUAUGGUGUCAGAUCUUCUGAUUGAUCCAAGCCUUUCCCCACAAGUCAUUUCUUCCCUACGGAGUAUCAGCAGCUUAAUGGGUGCUUUCUCAGGUUCCUGUAGGCCAAAGAUUAAUCCUCUCACACCAUUUCCUGGAUUCUACCCCUGCUCUGAAAUAGAAGACCCAGCUGAGAAAGGGGAUCGAAAACUUCACAAGGGACUAAAUAGUAGGAAUAGUUUACCAACUCCACAGCUGAGGAGGAGCUCAGGAACUUUGGGAUUGCUACCUGUCGAACAGUCUUCAAGGUGGGAACGCAGUAAUGGCAAAAGGCCUCACCAAGAAUUUGGCAUUUCAAGUCAAGGAUGCUACCUAAAUGGGCCUUUUAAUUCAAAUCUACUGACAAUCCCGAAGCAAAGGUCAUCUUCUGUAUCACUGACUCACCAUGUAGGUCUGAGAAGAGCUGGUGCUUUAUCCAGCCUGAGUCCUGUGAAUUCUCCCAACCAUGGACCAGUGUCUGCUGGCUCUCUAACUAAUCGGUCACCUGUAGAAUUUCCUGAUACUGCUGAUUUUCUUAAUAAGCCAAGAGUUAUUUUACACAGAUCUCUGAGCAAUACACCAGAUAUGUAUCAGCAGCUUAGAAAUUCUGAUAGCAAUCUGUGUAACAGCUGUGGACAUCAAAUACUGAAAUAUGUUUCAACUUCUGAAUCGGAUAGUACAGACUAUCACAAUGGAAAAUCAGGUGAAGAAGAAAGCAUAAUUUCCUCAAAAGAAUCAUUCAGCCUUAUGGAAGCUCAACAAGAAGAGGAGAUAGAGAAGAAAGACUGCAGAAAAUUGUUUUUGAAAGGUGAUAAUCAACUAACAGAAGAGGCACAGAAUGAACAGCACUCAAAUAUUGAACAGGCAGUAUCACUGGACCUGAUUUUAGUAGAAGAUUAUGACUCAUUAAUAGAAAAGAUGAACAACUGGAAUUUUCAAAUUUUUGAACUUGUAGAAAAGAUGGGGGAUAAAUCAGGAAGGAUCCUCAGUCAGGUUAUGUAUACCCUAUUUCAAGACACUGGUUUAUUGGAAAUAUUUAAAAUUCCCACUCAGCAAUUUAUGAACUAUUUUCGUGCUUUAGAAAAUGGCUAUCGAGACAUUCCUUAUCAUAAUCGUAUACAUGCCACAGAUGUCCUACAUGCAGUUUGGUUCCUGACAACACGACCAAUUCCUGGCUUACAGCAGAUCCACAGUGAUCAUGGAACAGGAAAUGAAACAGAUUCUGCUGGUAGACUUAACCCUGGGAGAAUUGCUUAUAUUUCUUCGAAGAGCUGCUGUAUCCCAGAUGAGAGUUAUGGCUGCCUGUCUUCAAACAUUCCUGCGUUAGAAUUGAUGGCUCUGUAUGUGGCAGCGGCCAUGCAUGAUUAUGAUCACCCAGGGAGGACAAAUGCAUUUCUAGUGGCUACAAAUGCCCCUCAGGCAGUUUUGUACAAUGACAGAUCUGUUCUGGAAAAUCAUCAUGCUGCAUCAGCUUGGAAUCUAUAUCUUUCUCGCCCAGAGUACAACUUCCUUCAUAAUCUUGAUCAUCUGGAAUUCAAGCGCUUUCGUUUUUUAGUCAUUGAAGCAAUCCUUGCCACAGAUCUCAAAAAGCAUUUUGAUUUUCUUGCUGAAUUCAAUGCCAAGGCCAAUGAUGUAAAUAGUAAUGGCAUAGAAUGGAGUAGUGAAAAUGAUCGCCUCUUAGUAUGCCAGGUGUGCAUCAAACUGGCAGAUAUAAAUGGCCCAGCAAAAGUUCGGAACUUGCAUUUGAAAUGGACAGAAGGCAUUGUCAAUGAAUUUUAUGAGCAGGGAGAUGAAGAAGCAAAUCUUGGUCUGCCUAUCAGUCCCUUCAUGGAUCGUUCUUCUCCUCAACUAGCAAAACUCCAAGAGUCUUUUAUCACCCACAUAGUGGGUCCCCUGUGUAACUCCUAUGAUGCUGCUGGUUUGCUACCGGGUCAGUGGAUAGAAGCAGAAGAGGAUGAUGAGACUGAAAGUGGUGACGAUGAAGAUGGUGAAGAAUUAGAUACAGACAAUGAAGAAAUAGAAGACAAUCUAAAUCCCAAACCACCAAGAAGGAAAAGCAGACGGCGAAUAUUUUGUCAGCUAAUGCAUCACCUCGCCGAAAAUCACAAGAUAUGGAAGGAAAUCAUCGAAGAAGAAGAAAAAUGUAAAGUUGAUGGGAAUAAACUGCAGGUGGAGAAUUCCUCCUUACCUCAAGCAGAUGAGAUUCAGGUCAUUGAAGAAGCCGAUGAAGAGGAAGAGCGACCCUUUGAAUAAAAGAAAAAUCAUAUUGAAGAAGCCCAGAGGGCAGAAAUCAUUGCCUAAUGGUCACCAUACUGAUUUUCAGUUGACCAUUCCCACAUGAACAGGCCUUAAUACUGUGAGAGGAUCCUUGCUGUGUUGGCAGUUUCCCACUCCUAUGCACUUUUACCACAUGAACUAGAAAAUUAUUCUUAAACCAAGGCUUGAGUUGACCCCUGUUGCAAAGCCCUUACUUAAAUCCUUCACUGGUGUAUAAAUACUUUGUCACAAUGCUGCUUUGCUGGGUAAUGAGCUCUUAUUUUUCAUUGGGAGGUAGCUAUAACUAAAAACUCAAGUGACUUACUUCAGUUACCAAAGUGGCCAGAACUUUUUGCUUUCAUGGAAACAAGAUUUAUAUUGUAUUUCCCAGUGUGUCUUUUAUGUACUUGAAUGUUUUGAAAAAAGUCUAUGCCUCUCUAAAAAGGAAUCCAGUGUUGCCUUUCUGAGGGAUUUCUGCUCAAUGCAAUACACUGUUCAGUUCUGUUCUCCCAGCUAGGUUUAUCCAUGAAGGACUGAGUGACCUUUGUUAUAUUUAACAAAAUCCAGGUGCAUCAAUUUCUGAUGCUUUUUACUCUUGUGUAUUAUCUAUUAUGUGUGUUUUAUUUCUGCUCAGAGUAUUCAGGUUUGCCAUGGACAUCAGAAGUCUGAAAUCCAGUCUUACUGACUACGUUCCAUGGUUAAAAUUUAAAGCUGUUUAGGUUUAACAAUGAAGGAAUUUAUUCUUUAGUCAAAACUGUUCUUAUUUUUACUCUUGCUCAGGAUUAGUAUUUUUAAACAUUUAGCUAAUAUAAACACAGCACAGAUUUGUCAGAAGAAAAAACAAUUGUCCUAAUAUUGAUGUAACCCUUUUAUGAAAUGAGCAUAAUUUUCUGUCGUCUUAGAUGAAUUUGUGACUAAUUAAAACCAAGGAAAAGAAAA